CCCCGCCCCUCCCAUCGUCACCAUGUCGAUGUCUUCAUCCUACUUCGGGUCCUCCUUCGGCGGGAAAAUCACCGCCGUCGACCCGGACAGCGUGAUUCAGGCGGUUGUGCUGGCCGACGUGGACCAGGCGUACUGGGCUCCGCUCCUGCGCGGCGAGGGCUACGCCGCCGGCGAUGACGGCCUCUCCCCUGCUCUGCUGCCUUUGGCCAAUGUGCCAAUCAUUGAGUACACCCUUGAGUCCCUGGCCAUGGCCGGUGUGCAGGAGGUUUUCCUCGUCUGCUCGAUGCAUGUGUCCCAGAUCCGCAAGUACCUGAAGAGCUCCCGCUGGGACGAGACCACCUCGCUGAUGCGCAUCCGCGUGGUGACCAUCCCACAGCGCUGCAGCGUCGGCGAUGCCCUGCGCGAAUUGGACUCCAAGUCCCUCUUCACCAAGGACAUCAUCCUUCUCUCAUCGUUGGUCGUCUUCAACAUCAACGUCGCCGAGGUCCUGCAGCAGCAUCGCGAGCGUCGCCGCACCAACCGCAAUGCCGUCAUGACCAGUGUCUUCCGCAAGGUUGGUGUCAACCAUCGCACCCGUCCCAUCGGUGAUGAGUAUGUCGUGUUCCUCAACAGCGAUACCAGCGAGAUCUUGGCGAUGGAUUCGCAGGAUUCGCCCGGCAAGAAGUAUGCCUCUCUGUCGCUGGAGAAGCUGGGCCAGUGCCAGGCAUUCGAGGCUCGCAAUGACCUGAUUGACACCCGCAUCGACAUCAUCUCCCUCGAGGUGCUGGCCUUGGCCACGGAGAACUUCGACUAUCGUGACCUUCGCCGGGACCUGGUGCGCGGCGUCCUGACCUCGGAUAUCUUGACCAUGAACAUCUUUGCUCAUGUGGUGGCCGGCAGCUCGUACGCCGCGCCUAUCCGCUUCCUCCGGUCAUACGAUGCGGUCAGCCGUGAUGUCAUUGGCCGGUGGACUUUCCCCCUGGUGCCGGAUACCAACUUCUCCGCGCGCACGCACUACAUCUGCAACCAUCGGCUGGUGUACCGCGAGCAGGGCAUCCUCCCGAGCCACGACUGCCUGUCGACCACCCAUGACAAGAAUAAGCCCGCGUCGAGCCUGUCACUGGAAGUGUCUCUCCCCUCGGGCUCGCCGCUGCACCCGGACCUGGCCUAUUCCUCGGAGUUGGUGAAGAAUGUGGUCAUCGGCCGAGGUGUGCGUGUUGGAUCGGCCACACGCGUGGCAGAUUCCGUCCUUGGUGAGGGGUCACAGAUCGGCGACAACACCUCCAUCACUGGGUCCUACCUGCUGGGAAGAGUCCUGAUCGGUGAUGGUGUCCAUGUUGUCGACUCCAUCCUCGGCCCGGGGGUGGUCAUUCGCGACGGUGCCGUCAUUGAGGCCAACUGCGUGCUGGGCUCCGGGGUCAUCGUUGACAGUGGGGUCACUCUCAAGACCGGUACCCGCCUGCUGGGCUACUCGCACGGGGAUGACGCCGCUGGCUCCCCUCCCUGCAGCGAUGACGAUGACUCCCAGUCCGACGAUGGGUCUGGCGACGAGCGGUACACUCCCCUGCGUGGGGGGUCCUCGGCCAGCGAUGCUAGCGACGCCGAGGCGGCCGAUGACGAGUUCAACAACUUCGACCCGACCGAUGCGCCGACCACCAUCAGCGGCCAUCAGGCCGCCAUGACCGCCACCCAUGCCCGCAAGGAGGCCAUCAGCACCGGCAGCCUUGUGGUUCGGGUCCCGGCGCCAGCGGGCUCGGUGGCCGACGUCGGCCCAUGUGGCCGUGGUUUCACCAUCCCCCGGCACCUGCUGCCAGAUGAGCUGAGCUUCGGCCAGUCGGAUGACUCGGACAGCGACUUGUCCGACGAUGAGGGCAGUGUCGCCGGCGUGGAGGACAGCGUCUCGGCUGCGCCGGCCUUCGAGCCCUGGCAACAGCCGCUCACCGGCAGUGCGACCAUCCCGCCGCCUGACGAUCCGGAGGUCUGCCGGCAUCUGUAUGCCACUUCCGAGGAGGAUGAUGACGAUGACGAUGACGACUUCGACGACCAUCUGGAUGAGCAUGAGGUCUUCAUCCGCGAGGGUGUGCAAACUAUGCUUCGUGCCAUUGGGUCGAACUUCUCCUGCGACAACAUCCUGCUGGAGAUCAAUGGCCUCAAGUAUGCCUACAACAAGACCAUCACCCAGUGCCUGAUCCCCGUGGUGCGGGCCAUCCUGCAGCAUGUGGCCGGGACGGCGGACCUCCAGAAGUACUACCUCGGUGACCAGAUCACCGACGAGGAGGUGGAGGAGCUGUCUGCCGAGCAGCUGGUUACUCUGGCUCAGAAUGAGGCGGCUCGCUUCCGCAAGGACUGGGAGAAGAGCGUCCUCGCUUGGGGGGAUGUCAUGUCGAAGUUCAUCGGCAGCACCCCGCAGGAGAUCGUCGGCGCCAUGGAUACUCUGCUGUUUGAGCUCCUGCGUGCUUUCGCCAGCCCCCGCCUGGCAGUGCCCUUCUUCUACUAUCUGUAUGACAACGACCUGGUGUCGGAUGACCAUCUCAUCGGAUGGCACGCGCACCGCCUGCGCCGGAGCGGGUCGGACUGCCCGGAGGCCAUUUCCCGGAGUCUCGAGAGCCUCAAGGCACUGGUCGACCAGCUCGGGGACGACAGCGAUGACGAGGAUAGUGACUAAUCACCACGGGAAAGGGGUCAAGUGGACGGAGAGCGGGUGAAUCCCGUCAGCAGACAGGUUCCCCCCCCCCCCUCUCCUCCUGCUUGCAUCUCCUUUCACCCUUUCUCGCCGGUUGGCGCGUGUGCUCAUUUGCUCUUUUGUUUUCACCUGCGCAAAAGAAGAAGAAAAAACCUGGCCCCUUGUCUCCUGACGCCCACUUUAGAGACUGCCUGCAGGGGAGGGGCCAUCUCUCUGGGCAUGCGCGCACGCGCCCUCUCUCAAACACAAAAUAAAAUUAGCACCUGGUUGAUGAUGGCCGCGAUAUGCCUUCCAGAUAUCCGGCCUGCGAGGGCCAGCACGCCGAGUGGCUUGCAAACGCG